GCAAUCUGUCAUAAAGCCCUUUGCACUGAUGUUUUUCAGUGUCACAUCAGUCCAGGAGUUCCAUACAAAACAUGGUUGUUGGAAAAUGUCUAAGUUUUCAUAAGAGAUACGUAUGUUUCUGGGAUUAUCUCUCUUAUGGUUUAUACUGUGGGGUAUCCUACACAUUAUCCUGAGAAAAUUUCGGUAGACUACAACAGUACUCUAACUUGCCAAACUAGUGUUUAUAUCUCUCAGCAAUUGAACUGCUUUGGAAAUGCUCAAGUGGAAAGCAGCUGACACAAAUACCCCUAUUUAUGUAUUUUACUUGUUUAUUUGAUACUACUGGUUAUUGUCACUGUCUUUGUGACUGUUAAAUGUUUAUGGUAUAUGAAAGUAUAAAUGCAAAUGGUAUAUGGAACUGUUAAUGUUAUAGGGAUGUGUAAACAUGAAUGCUGUAUGGAAGUGUAAUUGAGGGUACGAGUAGUGGAAUUGUGAAAAACAAAAAACAGGAAAAAGGUUACAGAAGAACAGUGAGUUAAAAUACCGAAUGUGAUCUGCUCUAGCCAGAGAAGUUUAAGUGCCGGCAAGAGAAAGCAAACCCCCGCGCUGCCCCCCCUCACUGCCUACCCCUCUCCUCCGCCGCUUGUGAAAGUAAACAAAUCGUUACUUCUGAAUAGGGACAAAAGCAAAACAUUCUGAGUGCUCGUGCCUCUAGUUCAGUGUUAAUCACUACUCCUGCUAGGACCAGAAUUACAGACAAAGGAAGUGAUAAUUUGGUGUGGGUAGUAGAGACCCGAGGUAGAUGAACCCAUGGUUUCUUGCCACUCACUCCAAACCGCCUCAGUUUUGUCUGGUCUUGGCCAAGGGUCUUUAUAGUACCUUCACACCCAUGCCAGCUGCACAAGCUGGACGUCCCGUGAUCAUGCCCAGAUGGCCUGUCUGGCAGGAAUUGUUACAAACUUUCGGUUUUCUCCCUCUUUGCAGAACUGUUUGCACCUCUGAAGGUCUCUUGCUAGUCCGAGAAAGAAUGUCUUCAUUUUCUCCCAAUACUAUACACAUUUAGGGAACUAGGGUAGGGUACUUGGACAAAUUUGUUGAUGGAGCUUGGAAAUUGUAUGGAGGGGGAAUUGUGGUGGAGUUGGAUGGAACGGUGGCAGCUGUACUAGAGCAGGUCCUGAAGAUCCCAGGAUGAGUUUUGCCCCUAGUGGGCUGAACGCAGCGUGCACAAAGCAGUGCAAAGAUACUUGUUUUCAGGUAGAUACGGGUGCGUCUCACUCUGUACUGCAUCAAGAAUUAUUACCCAUAGAUGACUUUUGUAACUAUAGUAGGAGCAGGUCAACAAGAAAAGGCUUACCAAUUAAUUAAAAAAAGAAGGAAGCUAAGGGUAAAGCAACAAUAGAAAUAAGUGACUAUAGCUGUAAAUAACUUUCUCUAAGUAGUUUGUAUAGUAGAGAGAUCUAAUAUAGUGGUUUUAAGUAUGUUUUAAGAGCAAGUGUUUCACCUGGGCUCUGUAUCAAGCACUGGCCAUGCAGAUAUGGAGCACAUGUGAAAAAGCCUUGCAAUCUCUAGCAAGAAUUAAAACAGGAGAGAAUCUGUGAUGGGUGAGAAAGGCAAAGUGCACCUUGAAGCAGGGGACGCCCUGAAGGCACUGCCUAUCACAUCCACCAUCUGGGCUGUCCAGACACAUUCACAGAGGGACUUAACUUCCCAGGUUAUCAGAUCGAGGUAACAAGGAAGGAAAGGAAGGGAGGGAGGAAAGGAGGGAGGAAGGGAGGAAAGGAGGGAAGGAGGGGAGGGAAGGAAGGGAUAGUAACUGACAUGCUGCAUUAAUGGCUGAGUUAAAACUUUUAACUCGUUGAUGCUAGAAAACGGCCAGAAAAGUAACAGCUUCUGACUUUCGUUAAUUUCAGCUGUUCCUGACAAAGUGUAGGGAAAUGCCUUAUUGGACUGCAGUGUUCCCAGUUAUUUGACAGUGUAUUGUCAGCUAAUCAGAAAUAAGGGCACAGGACUGUAUCUUCUGUGCAAAACUUGCAUUUGUUUACAUCUUUACAAUUCAGAAAUAAAAGCCUUGGAGCUCACAAGCCUGUGAGCAAAUCAGCUCCUGAGCUGACAGCAAGUCUUCGUCUGCAUUCCUCCAUUCUGCUGCAGCCAUCUCCAGCCUCACAGCAGAAGCACGGGAGCCUGAGCAGUCCAGCUGCUCUCAGGCCCACUUCCAAAGCUAUCUGGGUAAGCAGGCACACGCAUCCCUCCCGCUGAGGAGUUUGGUCUGCGCCAUUCCAACCGGGCUCUGGAACCAGCCCCACCCGGGCGGGGCAGCACGUCACAGUGGAGCCCUUUGUGACCCAUCUCUGUGACACCAAGGCAUAGCUGGCACUGACAGCAGGCGACCUCAGUGUCCGACAGGACAGCGAGGAGACAGGGCAGGAGUGUGCGGGUCUGGCGAAUAGCCCCCGAGCGCAGCCCAAGUCGUUUUCCUUUACCUUUGGCAGCCCCGUGGCUGCCACAUCCCUACCCUUAGCCUACAUCCUACGGGAUGGAGGAGAAACCUCCUAAACACCCCAAGGUGGCCUGGGAGGAGAGUGGGGCUCCCCAGGAGAGAAAAUCUCCACCGGAGCCCUACGAAGUGACUGAGGUCACCCCACUGCGUGCUGAUGCUGACUGGCUGCCUCUGUAUGAACUGGAUGAGGUGGCCGUAAAUGUCAUCGAAACCUAUGGCAUCAGCAAGGAAAAGGAUCUGGUGCAGAAGAUGCAGUACCUGAACUGUAUUUGCUCACUGUGCAGCGCUGCUGAACAGAAGGGCUUGACAGUGUACCUGGAUAUCUUCUGCUUCCUAAACAAUGUGACAGAGAACAUUGAGGUUCUGUUGUGUGAGGAGCCCAGGGAUCAGCUGAACACAGCUCUAAGAUACCACUGCAUGAAUGCGAUUGCUGCAAUGAGCCAAGUGGAAGCAAUUUCGGAGGAAGAACUAUUACAUCUUUUAAAAGCGUGCUGCAGAGUCAUCUUCUGCCUUCCUCCAACCAGGGAAUUGAACAUUUGCCUCUACAACCAUACCCUGGAUGCUAUGGACAACAUGCUGGAGGCUAUGCUGUACCACUGUCCCACCGCCAGUUUCAAUAGUCUGCUGCAGAGAAUCUUUGAGGUCUGUCUAUUGUGAAGUUCUGCCCCCAGAGCUCCCUUGUAGUAGAAUUUUAUCCCGCUCCAUGGAAACGGCACUGGCAGCAGUUGGAGCCGGCAAGGGACCCCAGCGGCAGUAGCCCCAUGAUGGGCUUGGCUUAAGCUCAGGGGAAGCCUGGAUGGAUGCUGUGAUUCCAGCUAGGAGCUCAGCAGACCUGCUUCUCCUGGAGUGGGCAUCAGCAGCUCCCAGGCUAACCAGCAGCUCCUCUCCUCACAGGUGCUGCGGCCCUUCACCAUUUCUGAUAGCAAAACUGUGCGCGACAGGGCCAUGGAGCGGAUCUGGAUGCUUUAUAGUUUCCUGGCCAGCAAUCCCUUGCCGGAGAUGCCUAGAAGAUUACUUGAAGCUCCUCUGACUACAGACAUUGUCUUCAGGACCCUUGAAAAGAUCAGUGCUGACUGCAGCCCUGAGGACAAGGAAUAUGCCAGGAUUCUACUGGAUUUUCUUUUAAAAGACCCUAUCACCUGGCUGACAGAUGUGCCAGAGAUUCUGGUGUUCAUCCAGAGAAAUCUGAAAAACAACAGCACAUCAGAUCAGGCGCCCUUCCUGUCGGUGCUUGAUGUGCUGGCACGCUGCUUUCCCAUGCAUGUGUUAGAAAGCAUAUUGACACAACUACCACACAGUGACAGCGCUACUGUGGAGGUCUGGAAGAUGGUGCUUUCCCUGCCGGAAUCUUCCGAAAAAAUCCUGGAAGGACUGUGCAUAAUUCUCCAGAACAAAAAUUUGCACAGGAUCACCACAAUGGGGUCUGGCCUCCUUCAGCAGACUAUGCCAGAGAUUCUCAGAUGAUCCAUAGAAGCCUGGAAAGGAAGAGCAUCCCACUUGAAAAGACAGCCCUCUCACUGGUUGAGGUUCUGACCAUCCAGUUUCCCACGGAUGUGCUGAGGAGUGUGUUGGCUGACUUCCCACAGACUGACAGGUAUCAGCCCAAACAGCCCCACACGUUUGUUCCAUGUGAAGAGCAGGGCUCAGAAACGGUCUGGUUGCCAGAGCCAAGGAAAGCUGCAGAACAUCCCGAGGAGCAGGCCCUCCAUC